AGUUAAGCUGUGAACUUUGUUGUUACUUGUUACUGGGUUGAAUAAUUAUUGGAUAAUUUUGACUGUUGAGAUUUUUGGGUUGGAGUGGUUUGCCGUGGGUUCUUGUGAACCUGUGAUUGAUGAUGAUUGAUGACUCUGUCGUUGCUCAUUGCUCACUGCUUCUUGCUUAAAUUGAAAAUCUUGUUAAUCUUGUUUAUUAAAUUGAGGAUUGAUGACUCUGUCACUGCUCAUUGCUCAUCCAUUUAGAUAUUUUCAUUUUUAUCUAUUUCUUUUUCAUGAGAGAAGGAUUUUAUUAAGAUGAAGAGAAAAGAAAAUGGAGAAAGAGAUGACAGAACCCACUACAAAAAAUCAAGAAAGAAAUCAUAUUGGUCAUAUGAUCUACACAAUCCAUGUAUUUUCAUGUGUUCAGAAUAUCUAAACUGUGAAUUUAUCUUGUUACCAGGUCCAACAUAGAUGCUAAUAGAAAACUGUUACUAAACUAUGAAUUCUUUGUCAAAUGGUUGAUAUUUUUUGGGUUGGUGACCAUGAUAGGAAAUACAGGGAAGCUUAGGACUAAAAAUGGGUAAGUUGUAUUUUUUGACCCAUUUUUUUCUUUGGAACUCAAUUUUGGUUCCCAACUGUAUCAAUUGCACAGCCUCCCUGAGAUAAUAUAAUGGUCAAACAACACAAUGUGUUUUUAUUUCUUGGUUUUUAUUUGGUAACAAUUGUAAAUGGGAACUUUCAUAGGUACUUUCUCAUGUUUUUAGAUUGGGAGAUUGCAGACUCGAAACUGCAGUUUUGGUAAUGCCAUUUUCAGCAAGCUUCCAAUUUGUUUAUGUAGUACCUAUCUCUACUUGUCAAUUGUUGUACAUAUGAAUGUGUAAUAUAUGUUGAUUGUCUCUCUGCUCUCUCUUCCUUUUCACCUCUUGUUGAUUGUGGUAGAGUUGCUUGCCUAUAUUUAUUAACUAAAGUAUUUGUAUUUUGAUAAGAUCAUAUAGCUUUGGUUGAUGACAUUUCAUGUAGUAUUUCAAAUUUGGAAGAUAUUUUAAAAUUUAUAUUAGACUAUAAUUAUAUUUUAGAAUGUAUUUAUAAUUUAUUUAUUAUUUUAUUCUAAAACGGUUUUUUCGGUUGAACCACGGUUGGACCGGUGAGACCAGUAAACCAGUGAACCAGUGACUAGAACGGUUCGAUGACCGGUCCGUUUCUCAGAACCUUGGUUAUCAGUCCUCACCUCAAGCCCUGAACGCCUCCCAUUCCUCUACACUGCAGUUCCUCACCCCCAAAACAGUCACAGAAGUCUCUCCCCACCCGGCAAGGAGUGAGAAACAGCGCCGCCGGUUGUUGCACUCAAACCCUAGCCUCCAUAGUCGCCAUCGUUCUUCUCACCGCCGCCGUCACGCCAUUCUUCGCCAGCUUCUUUUCUUCGCGCGUCGUCAGCUUCUUCGCCUAGUCCAGCACGCCUUGUUGUCUGCCGCCAGGUCCAGUUCGUUGCGUCGCCAGUUUCUUUGCCUGGUCCAAUUUUGUCGUCCGUUGCGUCACUAGGUCCAGCUUUGUCGUCCAUCGUGUGCUCGUCGUUGCCGCCAGCUUCUCCGCGUCACAUUCUUGCUCCUUCUCCUUCAUACUCUGCUCAUUCGAAGACCGCCGAAGUUUCCCACUUUACUCCUUGCUCUACCUUGCGACCUCGCCUCAUACUUUUUCGAUCCUGUCUCAGUCUCGCUGACGCUCUGCUCUCUACAGUGCUGGUGUUUUCUUCGUUGGCCUGUUUUCCCCCCUCUGGUGACUCACUUGCCGCCCUGUGUUAUCUGUUUUCGCCUCUCCUCCGCUUCUGCAUUCUAUCUGAUCUCCACGCUUCUGUUCCCCCGCUGCCGCUUCCUCUGAGCUCUGCUGUGCUGCUCCACCCCUUCUGCUAGUGAAUAGUUUUAUAUUAAAGGUUAUGUAAAUAUGAGAGGAAGUGGGAUUCCCAUCUCUGCAGUGUGCAAUUACUUCUCAACCCUUCACAGCAGCAAACAACAUUCAUUUCGGUAACCACAGUUUUCAAGUAAGCACACUUUUCAUUUCAACAGUAGUUCUCACCACAAUCAACCUUUUAGUAUUUUCCGCUUCCUAUCUCUGUGGAUUAACAAUGACUCCAAAACCCUUCCUUAACCCUUCGCCAAUCUUUUCAUUUCGCACCUUCUAUGCUCCUUCAGCUUCAAUAGAAUCACAGUUAAGGUUUCUUAUUGAGAAAUCCAACCCUCACUCACUUUCUGAAGCCAUUUCCCUCUUCCACCGUGCCGUUGAUUCCGGUUCGGUGCCGAAUGAAUCCGCUUGCAACAGCCUCAUCGAUAACCUGCGGAAGCAGAAGCUCUAUGACUCAGUCGUGUUGGUUUAUAAUGCGAUGGUCCGUGUCUCUGUUCUGCCAAGGUUCACUUCCUACAGUGCUUUGAUUGAGAGUUUUGUCAAUUCCCAGAAGCCGAAUUUAGCUUUCGCCGUAGUGGGGAUGAUAAUCAAGCGUGGUUUUGGGGUCAAUGUGUAUAAUAUGAACCUUGUGUUGAAAGGAUUUGUUAAGAACGGUGAUUGUGAGAAGGCCAUGUGCUUGUUUCAUGAGAUGAAGAGGAAUUAUGUGUGCCCUGAUAGAGUUAGUUACAAUACCCUAUUGAAUGGGUUGUGUAAAGCAAAGAAAUUGGUGGAGGCUAGGGCAUUUUUUCGGGUGAUGAAGGGUGCGGAAGAGGAAUGCCAGCCGAAUUCAGUUACCUUUGGUGCUUUGAUUGAUGGCCUUUGUAAGAAUGGUGAAGUUGAUGAGGGUUUUAAUUUGAUGGAGGAGAUGGGAAAGGAAGGUUUGGAUGCUGAUGUGUUUGUAUAUAAUUCUCUAAUUGGUGGAUUUUGUAACAAAGGUGACAUUGGGAGGGGUAAGGAACUCCUUGAUGAGAUGUUGAGAAAGGGGAUUACGCCGAACGUGGUUACCUAUAGCUGUUUGAUGCAUGCCCUUUGCAAGAAUGGGCAGUGGCAAGAAGCUUCGAAGAUGCUGAACGAUAUGGUGUCUCGUGGAAUCCAGCUUGAUGUUGUUGCUUAUACAGUUGUCAUUGAUGGGCUUUCCAAGAACGGGAGGGUGUCUGAUGCGAUGAGAGUGUUGGAUUUGAUGAUGCAAAAGGGGGAAGAAGCAAGUGCUGUAACUUACAAUGUCAUGAUAUGUGGACUUUGUAAGGAAGGUCGGUUAGAUGAUGCACUCAAGAUUCUUGAAAUGAUGGCGGAUAAGGGGAAGAAACCUGACACGGUUACCUACAACACAUUGUUGCAGGGACUAUUUAGAGUUGGGGAAAUUGAACAAGCAGUGCACCUUUGCAAGUGGUUAUUGAAUAAGAAAUCUCAUAUUAAGCCUGAUGUCUUCACGUAUAAUCUUGCAAUUCAGGGACUUUGCAAAUCAGGAUGUCUUGGUGAUGCUGCAAGUAUCUAUAAUACAAUGAUUCGAAGGGGGGUAGCGGGUAAUGUGGUAACUUAUAAUUCCUUGAUCGGUGGUUAUCUAAAUGCUGGAAAACUUGUUAAGGCACUAGAACUUUGGAAAUGUGUAAUCGACUUAGGAAUUCCCCCCAAUGCAUUGACUUAUAGUGUCAUGAUUAAUGGUUUGUGCAAAAUACAGAUGCUUAGUAUUGCAAAAGGACUUCUCAAUAAAAAAUUAGCUCAUGGAAUUAGACCCUCGGUAACUGAUUAUAAUGCUGUAAUGGCUGCAUUGUGCAAGGAAAGUAGUUUGGAUCAGGCAAAGAGAUUAUUUCAAGAAAUCAGGAAUGUGAAUCAAUGUCCGGAUGUUUCAUCCUUUAAUAUUAUAAUUGAUGGAACUCUCAAAGCAGGAGACUUUCAAUACGCAAAGGAAUUGCUAUACGAUAUGGUUAAGAUGGAUUUGGUUCCUGAUGCCAUUACCUUUUCAAUAUUGAUUAACAGGUUCGCAAGACUUGAGCAGUUGGAUGUUGUCAAGUCACUCUACGAGAGAAUGAUUGCUUUUGGCCAUGUACCGGACGCGAUUGUAUUUGAUACAUUGCUAAAGGGUUAUAGUUUAACGGGAGAGAGAGAAAACAUCAUUCCAUUGCUUCAUCAAAUGGCUGAUAAGGGUGUUGUUUUGGACUCGAAAUUAACUUCUACCAUCUUAAAUUGUCUUUGUAACAUGUCAAAAGAUUUUGAUAUUAAAAGCAUUCUUCCGAAGUUUUCUCAACAUACAUCGAAAGAAACAAGCAUUCCAUGCAAUGAAUUCUUGAAAAAACUUCAUAAGAUUCAUCCAGAGUUACAAUUAUUUGUUUCAUGAUAAGUAUUUUUAUGAAGAAUGAGAUGAUGAUACUAUUAAGUUCUGUACUGUCUUUCAUUAUUUUAAUCAAGUGCUUUUCUUUCUCAGGUUAAUUAAUCUAUUUUGUUGGUUAGGUUUGGUUUCAUUUCAGAUUUCUGUAUGACUUACACUAUAAUACCUUCUGAAUCUCUAAUUUUGGUUAGGUAAGAAACUUGUAUGCUUCCUGCUUAGAUGUGGGUUGCUUUCCCGUUGAAUAAUACAUUGGUAUUUGAAUAGUACAUAUUUCUGUUAAUCAUGUGAAUAUUUUGUCAUAUGUAUGUGACAUUCAAAGACAACUUUUUGUCUUAGAUGGAUGAACAUUUGAAUGAUGUAAAUGCAAAUAUAGAUAGUGAGAAAUAUCAACCAAAGUUGAUCCACAUUCUAUUAUUUUAACAAGCAAUGACUUGAUAAACAUGAAAUUUCUGGAACAUGCAGAAAGAUUUGGAUAAGAGUUGAAUGCUAGGUAAUAAUUGCAUUGCAUGAUAGGAUUGGAAUGUGUUUAACGCCUUUACUGAGAUACUACGUCAUAAUAUUUAGCUUAUAUCGUUUCUUUUCAUUUUUUAAUCAAAAAAUGAUAUUUAGCUUAUAUUAGUUAUCUUUUGGAGCAAUGGCUUUUUCAUUUGUCCUCAUAAUUCCCUUCACUCUAAAAUGUAAGAAAGAUUCCUAGUUUAAAUUUUUCAAUUCUUGUACUCUGUGUUCCAAAUAUAUGUAUGCCUUGUGGGUUUGUGUAUGAGCUAUAUGUAAUUUUCAUGUUUUUUUUUCUACCUUGCUUUUCCAUUGUUGCUAUUUCAAAUGGCAGGAAAGCAUCAAUUUUGAAGUUCAGAAUCACAAAUUGAUUCAUUUCUAGAUAAAGAAUGACAGUUAUUAGGGAUGAUGAUGAGUGUUUGCACUAGUAUCUUGUGGUACAAGUAGUCAAUCAUUGCUAACCCAAGUCCAUUAAUCUUGGGAAUUGAAACCUCAUUUAGAGAUUAUGAUUUACAAGGACGAGCUGAUUCAUUAUGCUAGUUUUACUAUGGUGCAGUUGGGCAGUGUUCACGAAAAAUUCCAAAAAGAAAAGGAAAAGAGUGAAGCAGAGGAGUCACACACACACUCGUAGGCUUUUGAGAUAACGCCCUUCCCUUCUUCAAUGUCUCAGUCGGUUGAUGUCGCUAGAGAAGAGCAGUGGCUGGUUUGAUCUUUUUGUGUGCAGGGUUCCAUCCAGAAGAACGGAAGGUGCGAAACGGUUACAGGGAAACUCAUUCUCGGUUUUCAGCAAAGGCAUCCGCUUGGUUCUGUUCCGUUGGUCUAUUUUUCUUGAUCCUGUCAAGAACGAUAUAUUGAUAGAGCCACUUUAUAUUGAUCGACUUUAUAUUGAUUUCGCUCAAUGUAGUGGUUGAGGGUUGCAGCCGCAGCAUUGAAUAGGUGUGUCUUUCUGUCUUUGUUGGAUUAUUACAUGAGAAUUGUUGGGUCAAUACCUUUUAUUAAUAUUAGCCAACACUUUGAGCCAAUACCUUAUUUAAGGUUUAAAGAUUAGUUUAAUAUUUAGAGUUUAGAGUUUAGCCAAUACCGUAUUCUUUGGAUAUUACAGAUAAAAAUACCUUUGUUAGCCAAGUGUUUAGCUAAAAAUGAUAAAUUUUAUUGGUUA